AAGGUUUUCGGUAUCACUCAACUCUUUCAAUAUUAAUACUUCGCCAGGGCUUUCUGUUAUUACCAAAUCACCCAUGCCGGCUUUUACAUCCGAAGAAAAGGAAAAGAAGAAAAACACACUAGCUUACUACUAUGUAACUACCAUGUAGUAUGUACUACUACGACUCUUAAGUACGAAUUCAUAGCCUUCUCAGGAGAUAAGUCCGAUACGGACACUAGCAUGGAUUAUUCUCAGUCUUGACGUCUUCUGGGUAUAGCCUCUCGUAUCAAUAAUGAUGUACGCCAGCCACAGAUUCUGGCCAUUACCUGCCAUGCCCUUCAUUGUACUAUUACAAAUCUCGUACAUGGUUCGGGCGCUUUUGAGGAGUGAGCUGUACAUUCUUCUUUACCCCUCCCGCUUCAAGUUAUCCUUAGAUUUACUUUCAGUAUCCCCUAGGUUACAUAGCUGCUUGAGCAGUGCAAAAUGCAAUCCUCCGUUUCCAGUCGAGAUUCAGGCUGUCGUAGAAGGCAGUUAGUGGUCAGCCAAUGAAUCCUUGCUUCCUCACUUCCUUGCUCAUAUCACGGGCGGUGUUGUACAACAUCCUCAAGAGGGCAAAGCCGCUUUGAACCCAUGAUUCGGAACAAUAAGACGCGCCCCAAAGAGGGUACCAAUGCUACUACAGAGUCCAGACAAUUGAUCCUACAAUCCUGCCCUGACACACCCUGGGCCUUCCUUGGCCUUCUUCGGGACGUUUUUAAAAGGCUGAGAGAAGAUGCGGUGCGUCUGUUGUACGACCAGCCCACGGAUGCAGUGAAAUGAAUACGGUUUAUUGAAAUGUGCUCGGUACCACCACCAAGAAUCUUCAGGACCUCGUCGUCAUCUACCUAGUAGUCAGGUAUUUGGUUCUUGCUAGGGUAGCACUAAGCCUGCCUGACUCGCCGCUACACUCGCCAUGUCACAAAUUUUCAACCAAUGAGAAGUUUGGGCAGACCUGAAAGCGGUAUUUAUUGUUUUUGGAGUCGAUGAUUAUUGGCUUGGUGUCUCGACCUCACCGAACGCGCCGGGCCUGCUUACGAAGUCAUUCUAUCCUAGCAAUAUACCUAGCAAUAAACAUGGCCCGCUUGGCCCGCUUUGCGGACGCUCUAUGAUGCUUCUAACGCUUACCGUGAAAUAAAUUAGCUGCUAAGAGCCUAGACUCUCGCCUUAUGUCUCUCUGGGGACCAGCGUUGACAUGAUAGUAUCUUUGUUUGGGGUAUUGUUGGGAUUGAGGCUAGGAGGAGUGCUUGUUACAAGAGCUGAAACCAGCGGAAGAGGAGCGGGAGUGUUUAGCUAGGUAGCCUCAAUAUUCGUCUCUGAAUCGGGAGGAUCUCAGCUUAGCUAGAAUACCGGGCGACUAGGGGAG